AUGGCCGACGAGCCAGCGAAGAAAGAGGUUCCCCUAAAGCAGGAGGAAGCUCCCAAAGCCGAAAUUGCAUCUGAUCCUGAGGAAGACGAUCUCUCAGAUCUUGAUGAUGUACUAGAAGAGUUCGCCAACACGAAACUUGACUCUAAACCCAAGGUGCCCGCCUCGGCCUCCGCAUCUACCGCUGCGCCAUCACUGCCCACGACUGGCCCUGCUAGGCCUGAUCCUGAAGAUUUGCUAGCAGCUGGAGAUGAUGACGAAUUUGCAAAACAGCUUCAGGCUGAGAUGGAGCAGCUUCUUGGACAGAAGGACUUUGCGAAGCAGUUUGAAGAAAUUAUGAAAGAGAUGGGCGAGGCUGGACCAGGAACGAUGGCAGAUGCCGAGAUAGGAGAGGGCUCUGCUACCCCUGGAACAUCAGCAAAAGCAGACCAGAACUUCCAGGAGACAAUACGAAGGACUAUGGAACGUAUGCAGAACUCUGGAGAUCAAGCGAGUGCAGCUGCUGCGUCAUCGGAUGGUGAUGAUAUACUCGCACAGAUGUUGAAGGAGAUGGAGAGUGGAGGCUUCGGUGGGGAGGGCAAUGAUGAGGAUUUCUCCAAAGUUUUGAUGGGCAUGAUGGAGCAGUUGACGAACAAGGAAGUCCUAUACGAGCCGAUGAAAGAGUUGGAUGACAAGUUCCCCAAGUGGAUGGAGGAUAACAAGGAUAAAGUGUCUGCGGAGGAUCUAAAGAGAUACCAAGAACAGCAGACAUUGGUUAAAGAGAUCACCGACCGAUUUGAUAGACCGGGGUAUUCGGACAAUAAUGCACAGGACAGAGAAUACAUUGUGGAGCGCAUGCAAAAGAUGCAAGCAGCAGGCUCUCCUCCACCCGAUUUAGUCGGUGACAUGAGUGCUGCUCAGGAAGCCUUGGGCGAAAUAGACCAGGGAUGCCCCACUCAAUAA